AAUAUCUUAUGACAAUAAUAAGUCAUCUUUCGCUGGGGAUAAGGCCUAUCUGACAUUCGAAAAUGACGAAAUUGGACGUGUUAAAUUUGUAUCUCAAUGAACGUUUAAAAGUGGCCGCAGAUGAGAUAUUUCAGGUAAUCAAGGACACGAUACUGGAAUAUCAGAACGAAAUCGCCCUAACGAAAGAGGAAAACCGUGACUUGAAGCAGAGGCUGGCAGAUGUUGGUGCCAUCUCUGCCGGUAUACAACGAGUGCUCUCUGCGGAGAGACACCAGCUGAACCCCUCACCUGUCUGUGAGCGCGCACUCAGUGCAGCACCCGCCCCGGAGGACCCACAAUCCCCGGAGGUCAUCGAGGUCAAACAUGAAGAGGGCCCGCCCGUGGCAGUCACGCCAGCAGCAGAGGAACCCCACGAGACGGACCACGUCACAACGCCUCCCCUCUUUCACGAUGACCAUCAUGAGCAGAGCCUCCCCGACACCUUCGCAGGUUACACACCACACAUGGCAGACGUCGGAGAGAUGGACUCCAUCCCCCCUGGCCUGCCUCGGCCAAUCAAAACAGAGGACUGUUCUGAGGAAUGCAGUAUAAUAGAGUUUAACACAGAGCUCCCGCACAGCAGCUCCAUGCUCUCCGACGGCUCAGUGGAGGCCGGUGGGAUGGGAGUCGGCUACAUCUCCGACAGUGCCGGCACAGUAGGGUACCUGCCGCCGAGUUAUGCCCAGGGACCAAGCACCCUGCUGGGCAGAGACUUGUCUGAGCUCCCCCCUCAGACCUCCAGCAUGGAGCCCGACCACCACCAGCCCCAGCAGCCCCAGCAGCAUCAGCAGCACCAGGGGCCGUUCUACUGCACGCUGUGCGGCAAGUGUGUGGGCAGCGCGCGCGACUUGACCAUCCACAAGCAGGUGGCGCACGGCAAGGAGAAGCCGUACCGCUGUGGCGUGUGUGGCAAGUGCUUCCGCUACUCGGGCAAGUUCAAGGAGCACCAGCGCAUCCACACGGGCGAGCGGCCGUACCGCUGCCACGUCUGCUUCAAGGGCUUCAACCAGACGGCGCACCUGAAGGUGCACCUGCGCACGCACACCGGCGAGAAGCCCUACAGCUGCCCGCUGUGCGGCAAGCGCUUCAGCCAGUCCAGCCAGAUCAAGGGCCACCUGCGCACACACACGCGACACAACAGCUCGCACACGUGAACGCAGCUGCACUACACACACACACACACACACACACACACACAAGCAUACACUCACAUGUGAGCUCAGCUCCACACAUUUAUUGACAUCAUUCACAUGUAUUCAUUGUACUGUAGGCCUUGAGAUGAAGAACCAUAUGUCCUUAUUUUCACAUUUUGAAUACUAAUUUUUUAUAUAUAUAUAAUUUUUAGGGCUGUCAAAAUAACUGAUUAAUUAAUUUGAGAUAAAAUAACUGAUUAAAAAAAUAACGCAGAUUAAUCGAUGAGCCGGAGCCAUUCUAGUCAGUAACCAUUAGACUGUAAAAUGGCGGGACGAGAAUGUGCUGCCUGGAUCACUGAUUGGAACAUUUACUGAAAAGAAAGAAAAAAAAAUGGCCUGAUGGUGUUAAAAAGAAAGUGUUGAUUAAAAUACAGUCCUCUGCAAUGUCUGUAGCACGGAACUUGCAUGUCACCGGACUUCGUCAACUCUAUAGUACCACAUUAAUGCAAAGAAGCAGUGUUGACUUUGAGGGGAGUGUUAAUUUAUUUUCAUUGUGUCCCCUAGGUUAUACUCUUACUGUGGCCUGAAAUGCCUUGUAUGUUUAAAAAAAACUUCCCAAGGCCCUUCUGAAUUUAUUUCCACAGCAUAUAAAGUCAUAUUAGAUUGUCAUUAUUUGGGCAGUGAAAGAGUCAUUGAUGCAUUUGAAUUGAAUUUGCAUUUGAAAGCUUUACAUGCGAUUCAUUUAGGUUAAUUAAUCACAGAGUAUGUAAUUAAUUCUAUUAAAAUUGUAAUCGAUUGACAGCCCUAAUCAUUUUUUAAUAAUAAUAUUUUUAUUUUACUUGAAGGUAGACUGAGUGUAACCGCUAACGUUCGGUAGAUACUUUGUGUGGUUCUUCCACUCACCUCUUUUGGUUGGACUUCUUCCUCGUUUAAGCUCUCCUGUCUAGUUCAUAUAUGGUUUCCCAGCAUCCCUCAAAGACUUCCUUGCUCUGUCCCUCCAUUCGUUCCUGUUUGCUCUCCAGGUUUUGCCUGUUAAUGUCUGGCGUCUCCACUUGGCGUUUGUGGACAUAAACUGUUUUUCCCGCAUGAGACUAUUUUAAAGUUUAAAAUACAGAGUAUUGGUCUCCCAAACAAACCUCAAACUGUUUCUGUAUACAAAGUGGCACACACACACGCAUAACCAACACAACAGCUCACUCACGUGAUCUCAGCUUCACACACACACACACACACACACACACACACACACACACACACACACACAUAAUCAACACAACAGCUCACUCACGUGAUCUCAGCUACACACACACACACACACACACAUUCAUGGCACAUGGUUAUCUCAUUUGUUUUGGACUCAUACGGUUGUUGUUCACAUGGUCUCCUGUAACAGGCACUUCUAUCCAAAGCCACUUACAGCAGGAGAAUAACAUUCAGGCUCCAGUGCAGAGGAGACUUUAGCGAGGACUUACUACUGCAUCAGUUGGGGCAGCCGUGGCCUACUGGUUAGGGCUUCGGGCUUGUAACCGGAAGGUUCGAUCCCCGACCAGUCCACGGCUGAAGUGCCCUUGAGCAAGGCACCUAACCCCUCACUGCUCCCCGAGCGCCGCUGUUUGGGCAGGCAGCUCACUGCUCUGGGUUAGUGUGUGAUUCACCUCACUGUGUGUUCACUGUGUGCUGUGUGUGUUCACUAAUUCGGUUAAAUUGGGUUAAAUGCAGAGAAACGAAUAUCCCUCACCGGAUCAAAAAAGUAUAUUUUCUAUUCUAUUCUAUUCAGUCAGCACUGUUGCUAGAGGAUAAGAGUGUCCACUCCACACUAUAAGCACUGGCCAAGUGUGAUGUAAGGAGAAAGAGGUAGAAGGAGGAGGGAAAGGAGGGAAGUGCAUUUUAAGUGCCAUCUGUGCACAAUGUAUGUUACUAAUAUGGCAGCCAAUGUUUGUCAUUGAGCAGCAGUGUUUGACAAAAUUGCCAAAACCAAUGAUCGUAAGCUGACAUGCAUAAAUAUCAUCACAUGGCCUUGGCAGUGACUAGGUGACUACUACUUCACCUCUUGAUUGCAGGUAUGUCACAGUGCGUCAAAAUAAAAGUCAGCCUUUACACAAUGUAUCAGUAAGGGGUAGUGGCCUGGACUGCCUUGAGGUUUGAUGGGAGAUCAGUGUCUUAUUAGCAGAGAGGAUUUCAAAUACACAGGGCUGAGAGUUUUUUAUCGCUGUUUGUCACCGGAUGUGUGAAUGUGAUCAUGUUUGUGUGAAUGUAGUCAUUUUUGUAUGAGUGUAAUCAUGUAUUUAUGUAUGUAGCCGUUUGUCGUUUGAUGUAUGAAGGAUAUGUAUCAUAGUUUGUAGGCCACACUAAUAAAAGAUAGUGGAA